AUGUCAGUAGAGGAUAAGCAACAAGCCAGGCACAAGUUCCAAGCGGUGUUUAGUAAAAUAUCGAAUGAGUGUCUGGAUUACUUGAAGGAGAAUCAGAUGCCUAGUGAAGCAGUCAAAUGGUUUGAUGAUAACUUACAAUACAACACUCCUGGUGGUAAAUUGAACAGAGGUAUGAGUGUUGUUGAUACCUACUCCAUUCUAAAAGGUGGUAAGAUAUCCCAAGAGGAAUACGAAAGAGCUGCAAUACUCGGCUGGUGUGUUGAGCUCUUACAAGCAUACUUUUUGGUCGCGGAUGAUAUGAUGGAUGGCUCAAUCACUAGAAGAGGUCAGCCAUGUUGGUACAGACAACCUCAAAUUGGAAACAUCGCAAUCAACGAUGCAUUUAUGCUCGAAGCUGCUAUCUAUCAUAUCCUCAAGCUUCACUUUAAGAAGGAAAGUUACUACGUCAACCUGUUAGAACUAUUCCACGAUGUCACAUUCAAGACUGAGUUGGGUCAGUUAGUCGAUCUUAUCACAGCGGACGAAGAAAAGGUUGAUCUCGACAAGUUUAGCUUGGAUAAACAUCACUACAUUGUUGUUUACAAGACUGCUUUCUAUUCCUUCUACUUGCCUGUUGCAUUGGCUAUGUUCAUGAGUGGACUGAGUGAUGAAAAUCUUCAUCAGAACGCACUCGACGUUCUCAUUCCGCUUGGUGAAUACUUCCAAGUACAGGAUGAUUAUUUGGAUGCUUUCGGCAAGCCAGAGCAGAUUGGUAAAAUUGGUACAGAUAUUGAGGAUAACAAGUGCAGCUGGUGCGUAUGCAUUGCAUUACAAUUAGCAAACAAAGAGCAAAGAAAAGUACUAGACGAGAACUACGGACGCAAAAACCCAGAGCAAGCCGACAGAAUUAAGGCUUUGUAUUCUGAAAUGGAGAUUGAGAGCAAAUUCAAAUCUUACGAGAAAGAAGCGCACGAUAGGAUAGUCAGCUUGAUUGAAAAGGUUGAUGAGAAAUCCGGUAUGCGUAAGGAAGCUUACUAUUCCUUCCUUUAUAAGGUGUUUGGUAGAACCAAGUAG